GAGUACCACGACACCCUUACGGAGCAGGAGUUCUCUCAAGCUGCGAAGAUGUCGGUUGGCAUGGUGGUGAACACAGCCGGCGUGCUCUUCUUCAUUUACUCGCAGCCGAAGGAGUGGUAUCAGGAUGGAGGUUUCAAAGUGCGAGGCAUGCAGCGCGGUCAGCUCACUGAUGAACUGAAGGAGGUGAAAGCUCAGAUUGAAAAGUUCAAGAAGGCUUGGGCGCCUUCUUCGAUGAACGCCACGAGGAGAUAUGCCAAUGCCUUGAAGACCUUCCUGUGCUGUCUGCCAAGUCCUCAGAGAACUGAGGGACUGCUGGGGAGGCUUUACGAGCCAGUCCUGCCCUUGAUCUCCCUCGUGGGUCUGAUCGGCUUGUGCUGGGUGCUCGGUGGGAGCAGAGGCAUGCAGUACUGGAUGGACAAGUACCUCCUCCUGACCUGGUACGCAAGGCCGACCAAGCCCUUGAGUGCCGACAUCGCGAACUUCUUCGUGAGGUUCGUGAAGUGGGUUGGGCCCAUCUUCUACUCCGUGUCCUUCUUCAUUUUCGUCACGCCGUCGUAUGCAGACAAGGCGGGGGACGGCCCGUGA